GGCUUAAUGCUCUUCAGAGUCCCGUCUCCCUACAAUCUUUGGCCGACAUUCAGGCAACGACCUCAUGAUGGACCGAAGCAAUCAGCGGGGACGUGGACGUUACGCCGCGAGAGGCGGUGGGCAACCACCGUCAACAAAUGCUGGCCAACGCCCUCCGACCAGAAGCCUGGUGGAUGGGCUUGUCGAAACUCCUCUGCAAGUCGUCCAAAGACCGGCCGUACCCGCACUGUGGAAGGAGGCAAGGAUAACUCAAGUCGAGUACGUGGCCUCCUACAACUGGACCGAUAGUACCAAGCCCACCAUUCUAGUUCCUGGGUCGGCUCCGGAAUGGCGUAACAAACCUGUGCCAUUCAAAGUGCAUGUCGACAAGGGACUCAUGUUCAUGGACGAACACGGAUUCCGCAUGCCGUCCUCCCCACUGUAUCCGCUCUUUCGCGCAGCGGAUAUUAUGGCGGAGGACCGCAACGGAGGCCCCGUCGACUGGCCAUCAGUCGACUUUAUCACCGACCGAAACUGCUUGCGCAAAAUUCUGCGAUGGGCGAGCGGGUCUGCGGAGCAGUUCAGAAUCGAUAUGCAGCUAGCGGGAAACCGCACCGUCCUGAUGAACCGCUGGGAAAGGACGACGGCGCAGCGCAUUUACGGAACGUAUUAUCAUAACUUUGAGCGGGCGAGCACGGUGAAAGCGCGAGGAUGUGAGGCCGGUGCCUCUCAUUAUCGCGUCAUCAAAUAUGAUUUUGAAGGGCUCACCAUGGUUGUGCGUGCACAAGUUGAUGCCUACCUCCCCGUCGACGCCACGCCGGGCGUGCCCUCCACCUUGAACAAUCGCAGAUCCAAGAGACCAGUCUCGAAUAUAGAUACUGCUGCUUCUACUGCCGAGCUCGACGUCAUUCGCGCGGGCUCGGAGGUGCCGCAGGGCUCUCUAGUCGAGAUGAUCACUCGGAUAACCAAGAAAGCGCAAGCAUACACCUGGGAUGAGGCGUAUUCUCAGUUGCUUUUGUCGCAGGACCCGCAUCACAUCCUGGCGGUGCAUGAAAAUGGAGAGUUCCACACCAUCACCAAACGCCGAAUUAACGAUGCAGAAUUGGUCCCCAUUGAGGCGACCACGCGGGACAAGUUCAGGAGAUUGAGGGCCGCACUGGAAGCCGUGCAGGAGCUGGUCGUCGAGCAUGGGCAGAGCAUGCGGCUCAGCUUGGUUUGCUUGGCAGGACAGCUGGCGGUGUACGAGCGCAUCAGUCAGGACAGUUGCCUGCCUGAGAACAUGCUUGCGCGGUUCGUAUGUAUGAAUGGCGGUGUUGAUGACGCCAGGGACCAGGAGCCAGGGCUCGAAUAUCAGUGCCAGGGGUUUGUUCGCAAGCUGCAGUAG